GUUAUUCAUUUGUCAUUGCACGAGUGGACCAUAAAUACAAUACCAAAGUAUAGGUCCGUAAAAUAUUUGCGAAGCUAUAAGUGAAGAGAAAAUUAACAAUCAGGAACCAGUACCGACAUAUUUCAAUGAUAGAAAUAAAAUCAUACCACAAAUGGACGAGGUUGAUAUAGAUGGAGAAGAUUUCAAUGAGCUCGAGGCUAGGCUCUACGGACAAAUACAUCAUGAGGCCGUGGAUGCCACAACGGUGGACGUAAACAACACGACAGAAAUCCAAGCAGAAGGAAAGGUUAGCGUAGAACGUAUUGUUACUGAAAAAAGUGUUGUGAAUAGACCUGCUAAAACACAUCGUGUGCCCGAUACCCGCUACUGGGCAAAUAGCUUAAACACUUCCAAGCUAACUAAUAAGCCCUCAGAAACAAAACAUGAAGCAACCGUUAGCAAUGAUAUCAAUCUCAAUAGAAACAUAACUGAUAAUGAGAAAUUAUCAAAAAAUUUUACCUUGGAGACAAAUGAAAGCGGUGUCAGGACAAAUGAGAAUAAUGCAGAAGUUAUUUGCAAAAAUGAAAGUCAGUCGCCUAACAUUGGUAAAGUUAAAAAAUCGGAACCACUACAACCACAAAAAUCUGAGACAAAUAACACUCCCGGUAAUAACUUGCGAAUAAACCCGACUGCAGUAGUUAAAAAUUCAAAGCUAAAUUUAAAAAAGAAAAAACAGGAACAAGUGCAGCGAAAUGGGCCUUUUAUGCAAAAAGAGACAAAGCUGCAAAAAGCACUUUUGUUACAAGCAAAGAAAAAAAAAUCUGAAAAUGUUCGUAACAAAAAGCUUAAACAAAAACCGGAAUUAGUAAGUAUUGUAUUGGAUUCGUCGUCAGAUGGUGAUGGUGAAACAAAUAAAUCUGACGAUGAUGUAGUUUUAAUACCGGCGAAGCCUCCACCUACAAUCACACUAUCUGACAGCGAUAAUGAAUGUAGCGCAUUUCAACUGGAAGAGAAUGCCAUGGAUUCUUGUGAUGUCGUAUUUGAUAACAAAAUAUCUAAAUCAACCUUUAUUAAACCAAAUGAAGUUCGUAGCAAUGUGACAAAAGAUGCAUCGAGUAGGUGUGCAUCACCAUGUUCUGUGCUAUCAUCAGAUGACUUCAUUGGCCAGACCGACCGAAGCCGUUUACUUGAAGACAAUUGUAUGGCGGAUGAUCAAGAUCUAGUGCUGCUGACUGCUGAUGUUGACAGUGUAAUGCAACCGCCUAAGAGUCAGUCAAACAAUUUGAAACAAGCUAACCCGGUAGCCAAGAAUUCCGCCCCCGAUGAAGUUAUAUGUACAGCUGAAUUUACGGCACCGUUGUCAACAUCGACAAUUGCGGCAGUAACUGAAAGUAUCCAUACAUUGCAAAGCCAAAAUAAAGAGCGGGAAAAUUAUUGUGUAGAUCAGACGGAAUUUAGAGCGAUGGAUGUAUAUGAAAGCGAAUCUGAUAUAACUGACAGUGUGUACUCCAAAGGCACAAAUCGAGUCAGAACCAUUAUUAACGCAGUUGACACCAGCUCCGAGGAAGAUGAUGUACAACAAACCUCAUCCAGUCAAAAGGUGAAGCGCUUCUGCAAGCGACGAACCUCCAGUAGCAAUCGCGGCUCUGAUGCACAUAACGACGAUGCGAGCACGGAUGAUGAUAUGGACGAUGGUGUAUCGAAAACGGGGGUGCCAUUUAUUUUACGUGGUAAUGCUGUUGAGCGUAACAAUAAAAAGCUACGCAAAAGUAUAAAACCAUUAAACACCCGACGAGUUUCAGCUCGUGGUGUCGGUAAUACAUCUGGGAAAAUGUCCGACACUGAAUUUAUAGCCACAUUGAACAGCUUGGUGCAAGGGCGUGAAGACGAACCAAACAAGGAAACAGGUGAAGAAAAGGGCGCACAGGAUGAAUCUGGGGACGAUAUGCUGCCGAAUAAUAAUACUCAAUGCGAUACUGUCGCUGAAGAAAAACUAUUAUCACCGUUAGCCAGUGAUCAAGAAAGUUUACAGUCAGUGGAAAUUGUAGAAAAAACUGCGCUACCAGCAUCUUUUGCUCAGGCAGUUCCUGACGAUGCUGUGACUGGAUUGGAUAAGAUCUUUGAUUCCAUUGAUAAUAUGCCCGAAACGACAUUCAAUAAAAAUGAAAAUGAGUACGAAUAUAGCUCAGACGAUGAAGUCGAAGUUAUUCAGCCACCUGUGCAAAUAUCUACGAAUGCUGAACAAAUAGAAAACCAACACGCUUUACCCAUUCGCCAUAUUGUUUAUAAUGAGCAGAAUUUACAGCAGAGCGGUUUGGGCUGGAAUGAAGAAAUGGUAAAAUUUUAUAAUUUCUCUUGGCAUGGAGAACGUUUUACGCUGGUCGGAUUACAAAAUGGAAUGGAAAGGGAUCCUAAACUGUGGAAAAUUUACUCAGAAGAUCGUUUUCCCAAGUCGCGUCCUUAUAGCAACUUGAAAUGCUACAAUUGCUGUGAGUUCGGACAUGUGCGCGCUAAAUGUCGACGUCCAAAAAAGCCGCCUAUUUGUUAUAUGUGCGGCGAAAGCGGUCAUUUUGAGCCCCGUUGCCCAAACACAAUUUGUCUAAGGUGCGGAAAUAAAACUCAAGUGUUUACGAAAAGCUGCAAUGCUUGCACAUUCCAAAAUCGACUUAUUUGUCCCAUUUGUAAAGUUCGUGGACACUCCAUAAACCUCUGUCCAGACAAAUGGCGUCGCUACCACUCAACGACCCAACCGAAUGCGUACCCAAACAGCGAAAUAGAGUUUAACAAGCGCAAGAUGUGUUGCGUUUGUGGUGCUAAUGGACAUUUUUCCGACACCUGCCGCAGCGCUUUACGCUUUAUGCAAUAUCCAGUUAUCGUGAGCCAUGUCAAAUCUCAUCAAAAAUCAUACAGCGAUUUGUUAUUGAAAUCGCCCCACACUGGAAUCGCUCUUAAUCUGCUGUACAAGCCUAGAGAUGCAGCUGUAUUUCAAAUGGCUAAGAAAACCACACCAAAUGGUUACUAUGCACGCUUCUUAAAAGCAGUGGGACUUGGCAACUUGCUUAGACGUAAGCGAACUAGCAAAUGUUUGGCAGCACCCGAAAAGCCGUCAAAGCAAGCUCGAAGUCUCUCGGAACAUGUUGAGCGGAACACUUGUGGUAUGGGCACCCCGUCUACCAAAGGCAAUGUGGGUAACCGGAAUAUAGCACCAACAGCAGAAGUGGCGCCAAAUCAGGUGCAGGAGGUGAGUGGCAGCGUGACCAUAGCCGAGGCAGUCACAUCCGAUGGCCUUGAUGUUAGUGCUGCAGAAGUUAUGAACACAGAAUGUACCAGCAAUACAAGUGAAAAUGACACAAACAAUGUGAAACAAGCGGAUGCUGAUAAGCCUGUCACUGACAGUGGUACUGAAUUCAAAGCUCCAAGCGAUGCACCAACCUCAACUAUUUCGCAUCAAUUAUCGCAGAACAAAGAUAACCUAACGGUAGAUUCAGACUCAAAUUACAGUUUCUCGGAUCAUUUUGCAAUACCGCUGGAUGAUAUUGCAUCAAAGGGGGAAAUGAUUUCAGAUGAAUCUGCAUUAGAUGCACAACCAUCAACAUCUGCAGCAGCUAAGAGCUUAGAAAUGGAAAAACGUGUACGUGAAAUGGAUCCUUUGCCCGACUUCAUACCAUUGAUGGACAGCAGUGAUGUGAACACGGAUAAAACGGACAUGGACAAAAACUUUGACACGGCGAUAGGCAUUUCUAGAUGUUUUGUUACUACAGAAACGGAUGAUGAAAAUGAAAGCAAUGAUGCAGAAAAGCCCGAUGCGCCAUGUGAAGCAAAGAUAUAUCUCACUAAUUUCCACAGCAAUUAUUUGCUUACGCCUGCUGGGCACGAAUUCUUGGUACACAACUCCAAAGAGUGUAAUAUUACAGCGAGACUCGACUGGACAUCUGUUGGUCACGUUUUGGUUAUAUUUGGACUACCCAGUGACCAGGACACAUUUCACAAUGCAUUGAUUCAAAAAUGUCGCGAAUUAAUGGAUCACAUGAACAACAGGCAAUUAAGUAGCAUUAAGGUGCCUAAGCGCAUAGACGCAUUGAUUCGGUUUCUUCGUGAAAACCUAUCUCAACUGCAGAGCGAUUUGGGCGAUGUAAAUGACUUGCAGAAGCGCAUUAUGAAUCUGGAGAAAACGCAUACUAAAGCGAAUAUGAAAUUGGCGGAAAAGUUCCGACGUUUGCUUAAUAUGAUAUUGGUGGGUCAAGCUGGUCUGUGUGAUGGCGACAAGUACUUGGAUAAGCUUUUAGUUAACUUAAAAUCGCUUAUUAAUGAUUAUCAGUCUCAAAAUAUGGUACCGCAGUCGCUACGCGAAGAGAUUGAUUCACACUCCAAGAUGAUAUUUACUUCGUAUCGGCAUGAAAAUUAUCCAGAACUUAUACAAACAUACAACAGGAUGUCGAAAAGUCGAAAACUCAGUUUAAGUAUAGAUCCAUUGCUGUUGGGCGAGAAAAUGCUAGACGUAAUUCUAACAGCCGAACAGAGGGCACGACUUGAACAACCACAAACUGCAACAGGUGCAGUACUACAGAUGAAUCAAACAUCGUCGGCAAAGGAAUCUACCGACAACGAAUCUAAUGCACCGAGUUCAAACAACUCCAAAUUGGGCAAUAAGCAAAAGGAUUUGUGGCAACAGUCGCAGCCAUCGAAACAAAGCCAGCAACCAUUGUUAAAGAGCAAAAAUAGCACACCAAAUGCUACACCAAAUCAGAGUUUAUCAGAAAUUGUUAGCACACGCGCUAAAUCCUCGGCAUCUACACCAACAAAGAGACAAACUGUUGCAUCACCACCAUUUAUAAACCCACAACAAAAGUCAACAGUUCCUACAAAAGUCAAGGAAUCUGUUCAGCAUCGACAGUCUGCACUUGAUGAUAUACUAAAUUAUGAUGUAAGUCCCUCAGCUGGAGGCAAUUUUAAAAUCCAGACCCAAUCUCCAAGCGGCACAGGCAAUGCCAAACGAGCUCCUUCCAAGGGCCCGUCGGUAUUUUGGUCACGCGAAUCAAUGCGCUAUUUAGAUGUAUGCAUUCAGAUGGCCGAAUCGAAUACAGAGUUAUUGUUAAAGCUGCAACGCAUACAGACCAAAGCGGCAGAGGGGGCACUGUCAUAUAAUGACUAUCGCGCCGUUAUCAAAUUACAUGGUGCUAUGGUGGGGUAUUAAAAUUUAAGAAACUGGCUUAACGGACAUUGAAACAAGGACGAUGAUGAUGACGAAGAGAUGAAAAAAGAAAAAGAGAGAAUAAAUUCACAUUUUAUUUUUUAGAUGUACAAAAA